AUGAUUGAAAAAAGUGUUCAGAAGACAAUUAAAUUGAACAAACUGUCUCAACCCGUCUGUGUAGAUGGGUUGACAGAUUUCAAAGACAUAAGUCCACCUGUGGAGGCGGCAGUCGGAGCUUCAAAUGACGACACUGUCACGGAAAACACACCUGACAACAGCACUUGUAUGGUCGAUAUUUCGGCCAUUGUACAAGAACAGGUACAAUUACUAAUACAAAACUUAUUCGAAAAGAGAUUGAUUGAUAUCAAUGCUAAUGUUCUUGAAGUUCAACCUCCCGGAAAGCCUAGUUCUGUAAUUUUGCAAAACCAAAGGCCACAUUUUGACAAGUUCAAAAGCUAUGACGAUCAGAUGUCUUUAAUGACAAAUGUUGAUCAAGAUCAAGUUUCUUAUCUUGAUCCAAGAGGAAAGAUUGAUGGGUCUGCAUCGACACGAUCUAUUCAAAUGUUUACAUGCACACCAGUGGAGGUGCCAGAAGGGGCACCUGGGGAUUCUGAUCCAAUUGAGUGGAUUUCUUUUAUUAAUAAAAUGGCAACGGUUCUAAAUAUAGAACCCGAAUCUUCUGAUACUCAGCAGGAACGUCCUUCUUUUGUUUCGGCAAGACUAAAUCCUGACAAGAAUGAUAAAAAAUCAGCAAUUAAAUUACCUUUGGAAGGAACAAUUACUGACAUGGUAAAAUCUGUAGAAAAGAAAGCUAUCUCUGGUCAUUUGAAAAACAGAGCUGUUCGUGGCAGGGAUGAUAAGGCUUUCAUGGUUAAGAAAGAUGCGUUUAAUGCUUUCUGUAGUCCUCCUAAGUUAGAUGACAAUAUUGAGGAAGGGCUACCUAUUGGUCAUAAAGGCAAUUCUUUUAAAUCUGGAGUUAAUAUUCCACCUUUUCACAGAGAAUUAGAUAAUGAUUUUCGUCGUAUGGACAAUUCUGCCAGGGCACUUUUUAGAGCAGUUUCAUAUGGUACUAUGAUUUCUGCCUUUUUGGAUGAGGCAACUUGUGAAGAUGACAGAAUUGAAGGACGUAAAGAAUUAAUUAAUUGUUUUAGAAGUAUGGCUGAUUUAUCAGGCAAAAUCAUGGCAAAUUCAGUAUUAAGUAGACGAACACUUUUUCUGAAAAAUGUUAACUUCAUUAGUAAGUCGACAGAAAAGAAGUUGUAA